AUGAAACAUUUCCUUGCUUCUCUGUGUCUCCUGGAAUCUUUUCUACAUGCCUUGUGCCAAUGCACUGUCCCAACCUCAGCGUUUCGGCUGAAAGGAGAUUAUCUGAUAGGUGGACUUUUUGAUAUUCAUCAAGCUGAUGUCUCUCUUCAUCAUGACAGACCAGAAGCAACUGACUGCUCCAGUAAACCCUUCAUUCUGUCAAGUUAUCGGAGGUUUCAGAUGAUGAGAUUCUCUGUAGAGGAAAUCAAUAACUCGACCACCCUACUGCCAAAUGUAUUUCUUGGCUAUGAGAUAUUUGACCACUGCUCGGACAUAAUGAAUUUUCCUGGUGUUUUCGACCUCAUCUCAGUCAAUGGCCUGAUCCAACCAUGGAUUGAACCACAAAAGAAUCUGUCCAAAGUCAUAGCAGUGGUCGGCAUUUAUACAAGCACUGAGACGGAGACCACUGCCCCACUCUUCAUGAUGAAUCUCAUUCCCAUGGUCAGUUAUGGAGCUGCUAGUUCUGUCUUUUCAAGAAAACAGAAUUUUCCCUCUUUCCUGCGAACAGUGCAUCCCAAUAAAGACAUCAUACAAGCAAUUGUUACCAUUGUGCAGCACUUUGGCUGGCGCUGGGUUGCUUUCCUUAACAUUGAUGAUGACUAUGGCACUGAUGGCCUGGAAUUGUUCAUUAACAAGAUUAAAGAUACUGACAUCUGCCUGGCGUACACCAAAGGUCUAACCGUAAAUACAAAUUACUCCCAAAUGUUUAAACAGAUAGAAGCACAGGGCAUACAUGUCAUUAUUGUUUUUGCUCCUGAAUGGAUUGCUGAACCUGUCAUUAACUCAGCAAUACAAUUGAAUGUCACCAACAAGGUCUGGAUAGCAGGGGAUGCAUGGUCUUUAAACAAGAGACUCCCCAAGGAAACAGGAAUCAAAAAUAUCGGAACUGUACUUGGGGUUUCUGAGCCAUUUAUGACAAUUCCAGGUUUCAGUGAGUUCAUCUAUGCUUCCAAAAAACAGACUCAGUGUGAAAAAGAAAAUCAAGAGCCGUUAUGUAAUCAGGUUUGCAACUGCAGUAACCUGAGUCCAGAAAAUGUCAUCAAUGCAGACCCAUCUUUCUCUUUCCCUGUUUAUUCUGCUGUAUAUGCAAUUGCUCAUGCCUUACACAAUGUCUUGCAAUGUGGAGCUGGCAGAUGUAAUGGCAACAUUACAGUGCACCCAUACAUGGUUCUAGCAGAGCUGAAGAAGUCCAACUUCACACUUUUAAACCACCGUAUUAAAUUUGAUGAGAAUGGUGACCCCACGUUUGGAUCAUAUUCUAUAGUUUUCUGGAACCAUAAUGGUGAUGCAGAGGAAAUCGGCUUUUAUAACUUUAAUCCACGGGACAAUUUUUUCAUCAACACCACCAAAAUUCAGUGGUACACAAAGGGAGAAGUGCCCACUUCCCUAUGUAACCCAGAAUGUCCUGCAGGACAUGCAAAACAGCCUAGUGGAAUUCAGAAAUGCUGCUUCACUUGUGAAAUCUGUCCUAAUGGAACUUAUGUCAACAGCACAGCGGACGCCUACAAUUGCAUUAACUGUAAGGAGACAGAAUGGUCUACAGAAGGAAGUACAUCAUGCAAUCUGCGGGACGUGGAGUACAUCCCAUUCACAGACAGUGGGGCUAUACUGAUCAUGAUCGGGGCCUGGGCCUUGGUGGGCCUCACACUAGCCAUGUGCAUUCUCUUUGCCAUCAACUAUAGUACCCCUAUUGUCAGAUCUGCUGGGGGAUCGAUGUGCUUCCUAAUUUUAGGCUGCCUCAGUCUGAGUAGUCUUAGUGUGUUCUUUUACUUUGGUAAGCCAACAGUUUCCUUUUGUAUCUUAAGGCUCUUGCCAUUUCUUUUGUUCUACACUGUUUGUCUAGCAUGUUUUGUUGUGCGCUCUUUUCAAAUUGUUUGCAUUUUCAAAAUAGCUGCCAAGUUUCCCAAGCUCCACAUUUGGUGGAUGAAAUAUAAUGGACAAUGGCUGGUCAUCACUGUGGCAUUUGUUACUCAGGCAGUCUUACUUCUUAUUGGAUAUUCUUAUGCCCCCCCCAUGCCCUACAAUGAAACGUUUUGGUACCCAGACAAAAUCAUACUUAGUUGUGACAGUAAUAUUGAAUCAUCAGCAGGUUCCGUGAUUUUACUUUUUUCUUUGUGCUCCCUUUGCUUCAUUUUCUCCUACAUGGGAAAAGACCUCCCAAAAAAUUACAAUGAGGCCAAAGCAAUAACCUUCUGCCUGCUCCUGCUGAUCCUCACCUGGAUCAUCUUUACCACUGAGUACAUGCUUUACCGUGGCAAGCACAUCCCAACUCUUAAUGCUCUGGCAGUACUCUCCAGUCUCUACUCCUUCCUGUUGUGGUAUUUCCUCCCAAAGUGUUACAUCAUAAUUUUUAAACCCCACAAAAACACGCAGCAGUACUUCCAAGGUCUCAUUCAGAAUUAUACCAAAACAAUUAGCCAGUAGCUGCCUUCAGUAAAUAUGGCUCGUUACAUACAGAGGAACUGAUGUGCUCAA